AUGGCUCCCUUGUACAAGACCGCAACAGCACUUUGCCUCGUCGGGCUCUUUGGGCUCCAGUCCGUGGCGGCCGGCGCAACGAAGUACAAAUUCAAGGUAGUAGAAGUUAAAGAUGACGUCUACUUGCCGAUCAGGUUGGCCCGUAAUGGAAAAAUUACAGCUAAAACCAAAGAUGUAGCAAAGGAUACCCAGCUUGUCACCGAACUGCAGGACGAAGUAGAAGGCACCGGUGAAGCCACAGAGGCGACAUGCGCGGAGUUGAUAGAAUCCACAUUUAAGAAGAUCUUUCAUCAAACUUUCGACUAUACAGAUACUCCUGACUACCCUAAGCUGGUGGAGGAGGCCCUCAAAACCGGACUGAAUGCAAUCGGCACCACAUAUCCGGCACAAACACCGACGUGGCAAGAUAUAUGGAAGAAGAAAGAGGCUCUCAGCGUACUGCACCUUCUCGGAGCGGACAGCACUAAAGUUGGCUGCACCAUUGCAAAGUGUAUCAAGUCGCCCGAGGUUGAUUUACUCACGGAGCCAGAAUCGGAAACACCAGCAAAGGCUGUGCUUUUGUGCGAAUUAAGCCCUGCAGCAAAAGAGAACGAAGCCGCCUUUAGCGAGGAGUACUUCAAGGAGAUUAGUACACGAACAACUGAUUUAAAAAGUAUGACGGAAGAAGAUCUGAAGGAUCCUAUUGUAACCAGCUCCGCAAACGCUGCCGUUCCCACAAUUCUAACUGCCUGUUUGGUCGCCAUCCUGGCAGCUAUCUCUGCCUAG